CGACAUGCCUUACUUGUAGGCCUAUUUGUAUAGUUACAGUGCUUUUCGAAAACGCGACCAAAAAAGAAUAUUGCAGUAGAGUUGAGGAUCUAAAGCAAUCAAGGAAAGGUAGACACUAAGAAACAUGAAAGUUUUGAAAGAAGUUCUAAUUAGGUUUUUCCCCUUGUUUAGCUCUCAAUUCGAGUUCCUUCUUGUGUCUAUUUUUAGCUGGUAAUAUGGACGCAAAAGCUCAAGUACCCGUGGCUAAGCCCUAAUAAGGGAAAGCAAAGAAGGAUUAGGAAUAGAGAAAUGAGAGAUUAAGCUUAUUUAAAUUUUGAUCUUUAGUAAGGACAGGUUGUAAGAGGUUCACUUUGGUGCCCAGCCCAGUUUGUGAUUGAAAUAUAUGAUUUUAUCGUUUUAUUUUGCGCCUUUGCUGAGGCAGUUAGUCACGUUAAUCAUAACAUCAUUAGUUGGUAAACUGUGGAUUCUAAAAAACGAUUGCAGUUGGAUUACAAAUUGAUUGCAGUUGGAUUACAAAUUGAUCAGCAGAUCAACUGCUCAGGCGGAUUCCUUUCCUACUUUGCAUAAGUCUACUUUUUCUACUGUGUGACGUAACAUUCCUUGAUCUAAUAUUCUUAUAUUUUGGAUAGAAUUUUGUAAAUGUAGUUGGCAUUGCAGCACCCUCAGAAUACAAUUUAAGCCACUUUGGCACCUAAUUUUGAAGCUCGUGUUCUUAUAAAAAGAGAGUGUAAAGGUAAUCUAAUUAUGUUUGAGAAUAAAAAUCACCUGUUGUAUUUUAUACGCAGCAGGGUAGUUUCCCAAUAAUGAUUUUUGAUGGCAUUGAGGGAAGCUUCGAUACCCUCAUCUUGUGGAAUGCUAGUGUGUAUAUUGAAAGUGUGUUGUAAAAAAUGAGCUCAUGCUCUUUGAAUCCAGGAUGAAGGGUUGCCUCACUCAUUAAACAACUUUCUCUUACUCGUCUCCCCAAGGCUAGGCAAACACAUCGGUGAACUUGUGGUCACACUGAGCAAGGACCUAAGCGGGAACAGCUUACCGCAUUUUAUGUGUUUGUGUUGCGGUAUUUUAGUGUUACAUUUCCAAUUGUGGAAAUUUUAUAUUCUUUCUUCUUCAUUUCUACGAGGUCCCUGUUCAACAGUAACUACAAAAUGUUCUACUGCUUGGUAAAACCUUAACCUUUCAAAAUAACGGUUUUAGAUUACCAGAUAUUUAAAGAGGCCCCUGGGGCAGUGCUAGCAAUUCAAUUCACGGCUUGCCAAUGUUUUCUUAUCUAUUUCUUCUUUGGUAUGAGGCUAGUACGACAACAAUGACUAACUAUUUCCUCGUAUUGGAAAUAUAACAAUUCAACUUCAUGUCAAAAUCAAAUGGCUUUUCAGUGAUAUACAUAGUGUCACAUACCUGCCAUUACAACUCAUGCAAUAGACCCAUCAGGUGUAUUCCUCUUUAGAAACAUGUCCAUCCGCAACAACUGAGCAUGAUGAUCCAAAUGGUUUGCUAGUGACGUUGCUGCCUCAUCAGAGACAGGCUCUUGCUUGGCUGCUGUGGAGAGAGAAGCAAACACCGUCAGGUGGUAUUCUUGCGGACGACAUGGGCUUGGGGAAAACGUUGACGUCAAUCGCCCUUAUCCUUUUGGACAAACAGCUCGGAUUCACAAAGAAAUCAACUGUAUCGCCAUCUUUAAGAGAUGCGAGUGGAACUCUGGUUGUUUGCCCAGCGUCAUUGGUGCAUCACUGGAAAAAAGAAAUUGACAAAAGAGUGAAACCCCUGAAGAUCACUGUUUGCUUGUAUCAUGGUCCAACCAGAGAGAAAAGUGCGGACAGGCUCGCACGAUAUGAUGUUGUUCUAACGACAUACAGCAUAGUUGAAAGGGAAGCAAAGGAUUUAGUUGAUAGCAGCUCUUUAAAAAAGAAGAAAAGCGAUGCUUGGUUAACUACGAAAGGUCCACCACCUGCGACAGACAGAUGCAAGCGCAGAGAUUCUCCUCUUUGUCAGGUUCAUUGGAGAAGGAUUAUUCUUGAUGAGGCCCAUACAAUAAAGAACCCAAAGUGUAUGACAUCAAUGGCAGCAUGUUGUUUAGAAGCAGAAAGCAGAUGGGCCUUAACUGGGACACCAAUACAGAAUAAUACCAAGGACCUUUAUGCAAUAAUCAAGUUCUUGCGAUGUUCUCCUUUUGAUGAAUUCAAAGUAUGGACAAAAUGGGUCGACGACAAAAGUACCAGGGGGACUGCAAGGAUGAACACGAUAGUCAGAAGUCUUUUGCUUAGACGAACAAAACAGCAACAUCUGACCUGUCUUCCAACAAGAGAUUCGGUCAUUCACAAUAUUUCAUUGUGCAACAACGAGAAAGAAGUAUAUGACCUAUUACAGUUGUACUCAAAAAAUAUGCUGAAAACGUAUCUAGACAAUAAAGGUGAAGAGACGAGAAACAGAGGUAUUGCAAGCCAAUCUUAUGCAGCAAGGGAUGACAAACAGGAUACUUUAAGUGGCAAAAAAUUUAUCUUCGGGAAAGAAUUGCAUGAAUUUUUAGAUAUGAUUGGUAUUCUAAAGCAGGAUAUCAACGCUGGAACAAUCCUGCUCCUGGUUUUAAGGCUUCGACAAUGCUGCAGCCAUUUGAGUCUGCUUCUGCAGGUACCAGACGACACAGAAUGCAAAGCUAAUGGAAUUGAUAUUUCACUUGAAGACCAAAUGAUGAAUAUGUCAAUCGUCGAUUCUUCUUCUACUGAGGAUCAUUGGAGUCCUAGUGAGUUCAAAGAAUCAUUUGUAAGCUCAAAGAUUCAUUGUCUCCUUCAAGAGCUUCACAAGCUUAAACAUCUUUCUUCCGAUAGGAAGCCGAUUAAGAGCGUUAUUGUCUCACAAUGGACGCGAAUGCUAGAUGUUAUUGCCUACCAUUUGCGUAAACAUGGAUUGAAAUAUGAUUUUAUAACUGGGAGUGUCUCUUUGAAGAAACGCAGUGAAAUUGUCGAAGAAUUUAAUAGCAAUCCAUAUGGAGUACAGAUCAUGUUAGUGUCACUGAAAGCGGGUGGUGUUGGAUUAAACUUGAUCGGUGGAAGCCAUUUGUUUUUGAUUGAUCAACACUGGAAUCCAGCAUUGGAAGCACAGGCUAGCGACAGGAUUUAUCGCGUUGGACAGAAAAAUGAUGUUGUUAUACACAGGUUUCUCUGUGUCGAUACCAUAGAGGAGAAAAUUGCAGCUCUGCAAGAGAAGAAAAAGGCUCUCGCAGAUAGUGUCUUGAAGGGUUCCAAGGAUGCCGCCAAAAGCUUGACUUUACAAGAUCUUCGAAUGCUUUUUGGAGUAUGAAUUUUGAAUUAUACUGGAAAACUAAAUGUAAAACAAUUUGUUUUGUAUCGAGUCAUAUUGUAUGCAGGGGCGGACACUUGGUCAAUUAUUGGGGGGGGGGCAAGCCUAUUGUUUUAAUAAGAUGACGUCAUGUUUCCCAUUGUUUUCGAACAAAAGACCAUUGUCCUGUAAAGUAUUGGGAGGCCGUCGCCCCCCCUCGCCCCCCCCCCCAAGUGU